CCAGUUUGGGACUGCCUUUCAUCCAAUGGCCCAGAUUGUGCCAAGGUUUUAUCUUUGUAUGGCCAAAAUAUUUAACAAUAUUUAUACCCACAAAGUUCUAAAACCCUACUGCUGAAUUCAGGUUUAAGGGAAAACAUUUUCUUCAACACCUAAAAGGUUUAAAGAUGGCUUUGUUCAAUAGAAUUGGAAAUAUGCUUAAACAGAGUGUUAGCAAGCACACGAACUUGGAACUGUGUGCCUCUAGAACCUCACUUUACCAAGCUAUAAGAAGCAUGUCUUCUUCAAAGCUUUUUGUUGGAGGUCUCUCAUACGGCACUGAUGAAACUUCUCUGCGAGAGGCAUUUUCCCAACAUGGUGAAGUGAUUGAAGCUAGAGUUAUUUUGGAUCGUGACACUGGGAGAUCCCGAGGGUUUGGUUUUGUUAGUUAUACGUCUGCUGAAGAAGCAUCAAGUGCCUUGAAUGCCUUGGAUGGCCAGGAACUCCACGGGAGACGGGUAAGGGUGAAUUAUGCCACAGAAAAGCGUCAGGGAGGAUUUGGGGGUGGUUAUGGUAGUGGAGGUGGAUAUGGUGGGGGAGCUGGAGGUUACGGAUCCGGCAAUUAUGGAGGUGGUGGUAACUAUGGUACCAAUAACAGUUACCCUGCAGGUGGUGGCAACUAUGGUGGAGGAGUGGGGUAUGGUAGUGGUGAAGGUGGAAACUAUGGUGGAAGUGUCGGACAAGGUAAUUUUGGAGGUGGAUAUGGUGGUGGGAAUAGUGGAAAUUACAAUGCUGGUGUUUCCAGUGGUAAUGAUCUGUUCAACAACUCUGAAUUUGGUGGGAGCUCUGGGACCUCGAACAAUGGUGAGCAGCUUGGUGCAGACCAAGGGACUGAAUCUGUGAACGAUGAUUUCACGCCAGGUGCAGAAGGAAGUCACAGAGAUGACAAUGAUGAGCCAAAUGACUAUGCCAACUCUAGGGGUUGAUAAUAUGUCCUUCCAUGCCAUUCAAGAACUUUGGCUUUGGCACAAGUACAUGUGCUUGAGGCAUAGAAAGUAUAUUUUAUUUUCAUCUGGGUUGCUACUGAUUGCGUGCUUCACCUAGUUUUAUGUAUGUGUAGGAUUAAAUGAUUUACUCUUUUAAUAUUAUCGUUUCUCUGUUUUGAAAGGUGUAUAAUUUCAUGGAGCUCCCAAGUAUCGAUUUUAUGCAUUGUGCAGUGCUGAA